AUGUCGAAACGCGAUGAGGCCAUCAUCAAGCGAAAGACAAAAGAGUUGCAAAAGCUUGGUAAGACCAUCCCACCUCUUGCUGAACUCUUGGCCCUCGCCAGAGCCGAAGGCGGAAGCACUUCCAAGAAAGACUCGAAACCAGAAGAUGGAAGCGGAGGAGAACAUCUCAGUCAAUCCGUUGAGAUCGAUCCUGCACUUAUGGCCAUCCAAGAGCACAACAACGCCACACCUUCUGCCGAAGUCAAGACCGAGGGAGGCCUCAUGGUUGCCCAGCCUACAUCGGACAAGGAUGCGAAUAAGCCCAAAAGAAUAGUCAAAUCCCCGUCCCCCCAGAAGCCUGAGUCCGAAUACACCGAGGAAGAGCUCAAAAAGCCGACGCAGACAUAUGUAGUUCUGAUCCACGAGGCUUUGUCGAAAGCUCCGACAGGUGUGAUGGACCUGCAACAAAUCUACGACGCUAUGCAGAAAAUGUACCCUUGGUUCAAAUACAAGAGUACAACCUCCGGCUGGCAGAGUAGUGUCCGACACAACCUCAUCAGCAGCGAGGCUUUCGAGGAGGCUGGCAAGAUCGGCAAAGGCAGGCUUUGGAAGAUUAAUCCCAAUGUCUCAAUCGACAAGGAGAAGAAGCGAAAGGCUCCAACGCCGCCGCCGGACAACAGACCUGCUCAGCAACAGCAAUAUCCCUACUAUCCGAACAAUCAGUACCCGUAUGGCCAUCCUGCAGCUCCUGCAUACGGAGGUGCAUAUGCCAGACCAAGCCCUUACGGCACACCCUACGGUCCGCCAACCGUGCAGAACGCGGCACGGCCGCCUGUCCCAACUCCGCAGCAAAAGCCUGGUACCUACUAUUCUCCAUAUGCGUCAACCACGCCAGGUACUGCCGCUGCUGGCUCGCCUUAUGGUCCCCCAAGCAGAGCACCGUAUGCUCCCUACCCUCAACCCCCUCGUCCUCCGGGUAAUGCCUACGGUCAACCGCCACAGCCACCGGCACAACCCGGUCAGCCGCAAGCACCGACACCACAAGGCCAAGCACCUGGAGCGCCACAAGGUCAACCACAACAACCUCAGUCGCAGCCCGGUCAAGCACCUCACCCGCCGCCAGGGCAGCCCUAUCAGUCGUCGAGCAAUCAACCUCCAGGACCGCCCAACGGUCAGUCACCGUAUCCUGCUCCAGGUCAGCCUCAGCCUCCUCGACCUGUGAUGGCCCCGGCGUCUGGUCAGGCUCCUCCGCCGCCUCACAAUCCAAGUGGGAUCACUUCUGAAAAGAUGAUUGACAAUAUCAUGGAUUACCAUAAGAGGUAUCUAAGUAACUUCCAAGGUCCAGAGCAGGAAAAGCACAGAGCAAUCUUCCGCAAGGCCACGAACAGACACAUUCGCCGUGAUCAAGAACACGGUCCGUUUGAGUCUGAAGAAGAAGAAAAGCUUUACAAAGCUAUCCAGAACAUCAUAACCUCUACACAGGCAGAAACAGCAUCCUCCGCUCCUGUCCAGCCUCAGACGAAUGGUCAGGGCCCUGUUCAAGGUGGGCCGCCGCAAGGGCAGGCGCAACCAGGCGCCACACAGCCCGCGCCAGGCCCAGCUUCACAACAACAAGGCGCUCCUGGUCAACCACCUCAACAGGGUAUGCCAGGCCCGCAGCCACCAAUGGGUCAACGGCCAAAUAGCGGUCCUCAUCCUGUCCACCAGGGAUCUAGCUCAGAACAGGCAUUGGCCGAAGCGCUCAAGACGGCCAUGCCUGGUGCGCAAGCUUUCAGGCAAGGUCCUCCGAUUGCUCCUUAUCAUCCAGGUCCGCCCGCCCACCAAGGUAUUGCACCCAGGCCCAGCCCGUACGCACAGUCGCAACCGCCGCCGCCGCAGCAGCAGCAGAGGAUGCAGUCUGCAGCGGGACAGCAACAGACACCUCACGCUCGGCCCAAUCUCGCGCCCACAACGCAAGUGCAGGCACCGAGACCGACAUUCACUGCCCCGUCGCAAGCACCAUCAACUGCAACAACCCCGGCAAGCCAGAAUCAGGCCACAGCCCCCGUCGCAUCGAGACCUGUUGCUGCUGCUUCACAUCAACCAACACAACCGUCUCCUGCUCCGACCCAACACCAGCCAGCUCAACAAGCUCCUGCGUCUGUUCAACAGUCCCCUGCACCAGUUCAGCAAUCUCCUGCGCCGGCACCAGUGGCUCAAACCGCGUCUGUCUCUCGACUCCCACCUGCAGUCCAACAGGCCGCGGUCUCCACACCGUCGCAGACCCCAGCACCCGCUCCUCCGGCACAGCAACAGCCAUCUGCGACCAUAUCUCCAGCCACUACACCAGCUUCAGUGGCUCCUCAGACACAAGCCGUACAGGCGCAGGCUCCCUCAGUCGCUCCACCCGCGCCAGCACCCGCAAGACCAACGCCUCCAGAAGAUCCAAACGCACAUGGAGGAUUGAAGCGACCGAUUGAGAUUGACGAUGAUGGCGACCACGAAGCCAAGAAGCAGAAAACGGACGAGCCGAAAGCCUAG